AUGCCAUUGACAGAUAAAGAUGCGAUCCCGGACAUCGUGAGCAAGUUCGACACCACGGGCAAGGUUGUUGAAGAGAUCCUGAGUCAGACCAAGACAGCUCCUCAAAUGCAAGACUGGUCGGAAAUGGACAGGACGGAAAUGUCUUUUGGCGAGCAGUUGUACUGGUGGCUGCAAUCCAGCCGUUUCGAGAUGCUGAUCAUUUGCCUCCUGUGUGCCAACAUUUUUUGGAUGGCUUUGGAGCUACAGAUUUCCGGAUCCUUCACAGCCUUCGAAACACAUUUGGUGCCUUCUCCAAGUUUUCCACAGGAGACGAAGCCAGUGCUCAACGAGAUGCUGCAGAUCGGUGAUAUCAUAUUCUCCGGACUAUUUCUUCUCGAGGUGUCUAUCCGCAUCGUAUGUUUGGGCAAACAGUUUUGGAAGGUCUGGCUGAACUACGCAGACCUGGCGGUAAGCUUGGUUUCUGCAGUGGAAGUCAUCUCAACCUUGCUGGUGAUGCCUGUUAGCCCCGUCCUGGUGCGCAUCCUACGGCUUGGGAAGCUCGCGCGUGUUAUUCGCCUGAUUAGCAUGGGUAGUGUCCUCCAAUCGCUCCAGCUGCUUCUGAAGAGUCUCAUGUCCAGCAUUGAUAUGCUUUUUUGGAGCUUCUGCCUCUUGGCAUUCUUGCAAUGCGUGGCUGGUUUGGUGGUGAGCACCCUCUGCCGAGAGUACUUGGCCGAUGACACCGUUGAUGCAGAAUUGCGUGACCAAGUCUUUCGCUACUUCGGGACGUUCACGCGCACAUUUCUCACGAUGUUUGAAGUGCUCUUCGCGAAUUGGGGUCCACCAUGUCGAGUGCUGGUGGAGAACAUCAGCGAGUGGUUUGCCCUAUUCUUUUUAUUUUACAGGUGCGUAAUUGGGUUCGCAGUCCUGAACGUGGUAGGGGCCGUUUUCAUUCAGCAGACCCUCAAGACUGCACACUCGGAUGAAGAGCUGGCAUACAGACAGAAGGAAAAGGAGAUCCAAGCGUACACGCGGAAGGUGCGGAAACUGUUUCAGUCGAUGGACGACUCAGGCGAUGGCGCAUUGAACUUAGAAGAGUUCUCCAAGUUGGUGACGAGUCCAAAGUUAAGCUUCUGGAUGAGUCAGCUGGAGUUGGAGUACCACGAUCUCCUCAGCUUGUUCGAGUUUCUCGAUGACGGAGAUGGACAGAUUACGCUGGCCGAGUUCAUCGAAGGUUCCGCGCGGUUUAGAGGCGGAGCGAAAGCCUUGGACAUAUGGCGCUUGGAGACGAAAGUUGAAGUUCUCUUUGAGGAGAUGUUGAACCUGAUGCACACAGAGGAUCCUGAAGUUUCGUCAUACGUGCAGCGUGCAUUCACGCACUCGGCUUACUCGCACAUGAAGAGCGCCUUGCGCCGAGCUGAGCCGAAAGGCUAA